GAGAGAGAAACAGAAAGGAGCCUGCAGUCCAGCAGCUGACAGUCUAGUCUUCCUCUUCUUCUUCUUCUUCUUUUUGCACAACGCGUCCUCUCCAGCAUGGUGAAGAUCGCGUUUAACUCGGCUCUGGCGCAGAAGGCGCCGGGCAAAGAGGCUCCGGCCGACGUGAAGGAUCCUGAGCUGGCCUGUGCUCCGGCGGGCAACGAGGGCUCCACCGGUCGCUGCCUGCUCACCCUGCUGGGCAUCGCCUUCAUCCUCAGCGGGCUCAUCGUCGGGGGAGCGUGUCUCUAUCGAUAUUUCACCCCCAAGAGGCUGUACCACGGCGCCAUGCAGUUCAGCGACGUGUCAGCCGGAGCCGGGAGGGAGAACCGGCCGUACUACCUGCCGCAGGUGGAGGAGGAGGUGGAGAUCUCCGACAGCAUGGCCGUCAUCAGCGUGCCCCCUCCCCGCUUCAGACCCGGGGACCCGGCUUACAUCCUCCACGACUUCAACAGGAAGCUGACGGCGUACCUGGACCUGACUCUGAGGACCUGCUUCGUGAUUCCUCUGAACACCUCGGUGGUGCUCCUCCCUCACGACCUCAUCGACCUCUUCUCACAGCUGAUGUCCGGCUCUUACCGCAGCUACCUGGUGCACGAGGACCUGGUGGUGACGGAGCGCAUCGACGACAUCAAGCCUCUGGGCUUCUACAUCCGCCGCCUGUGUGACGGGAAGGAGACGUACCGGAUGCAGCGGCGCUCCAGCCUCCCAGGUGGAGGCAUCCGGAAGCGCUCCGCGGAGGAAUGCUUCACCAUCCGCCACUUUGAGAACAAGUUUGUGACGGAGACCCGGAUCUGCAAGGCCUGAUGGGAAAGCGUGAGAGAAGAAGAGAGAAAGAGAGAAAGAGAAAGAGAGAGAGAGACCCCUUCGCUCCAGCUUCUGCUUUAAACCCCAGUGAUAAGUGAAUUUAAGUUCCAGCGUUAUAUAGCCUAACCGCCCACCCCCGAACCUGUAUAAGUCGUAGCUCUCUCGCUCAAGUAUUCACUCGCUAGUCUGCUAACUCACAAUAUACUAAGUUUUGUUGGUUUCUGUUCUUGUUGCCGUAGCUUCCUGCUGAAUUAUCUCUCGUCGUCGUUACUGUGUUAUAACACUGAACAACCCCCCUAUGACGUCAUUCAUAUCAGAGCUGUGUGUCCGUCUACGGUUCCCACCCGUUAACGGGGUUUUCCACGUGUCAUAGUGGGAUAUAGCACAAGGGAAUGUCGGUACGUGCAACGCGGCGUCCGUGGAAGGCACCCAGAGGGGCUCGAGCCACCGAGCUUUCAGUCGCCCCCUUUCUUUUCUUCUCGUAGAUGUUUCCCAGAGUGCCGCGCUGCGCCCAGAGGCCUCUGCUGUGUGAUGAUGAUGUGUUUGAUGUUCCCUAUCAGACGUGUGUGUGUGUGUGUGUGUGUGUGUAGAGACCUCAUGUAUGACAGGAAGCUUGGAAGGACGUUAAAAAAAAAAAAAAUCACCAAAUUAGAAAAACAACACUUUUUAAAACGUAUUCUUAUUUAUGGAUCUGAGCUGCCGCUUUGCUAUCGGCGGCUCCGAGUUUUGCAGAACUCUAUAUAUUUUAAAUUGUUUACGGGAACAACAUGUUGGUAAACAAUCCUUGAAGAAGGAAAAGCUUGAAAGUCUGAAACGGAAAAAUGGCCUUUUGCCAAAUAAGGUCAAAUGGUUUUCAGUGGGUCUCCCACUCGAUGCCUGCACAGAAAGACAAUCAGACAGGAAGUGUGUGUCUGUGUGUGUGUGUAAAAAUGCAUCUAACAGAUACUAGGAGAUUAGAUAAAAAAACAACGUUGUGUGCAGCUACUGAAACAUUCACUUUGUCGCUCAAUAAAGUUUCUUCCACCUACGGAA